GCUUCUGAUUUGAUUCUGUUUCUACCCGCAGUCGCGAAACCUUUACAUUUUGCCAUGGAAGUGGAGCUGAUAGGUCCAAAUGGUGUAAUUGGUGCAGAUGCUUCAAGUUUUCCGGUGGACCUCGGUGGCAACGGCACAGUUGCAGAUGCAGGCUCCGUCGCGUCCGAAAGCUCGAUGUUCCGUGCACUUGGCUUAGACGUUUGUGACGCCGCUGAUGUGGAAAACUUGGUGGUUGACACUUGCGAUGCCAAACUGGAGCAGAUUGAGCUAGCAAAAUUCGCAAAGUCACGGAAGGAUCCUCAGCAUUUGGAUGCUGAUGCCUUGGAUGCCUUGGAUGCUUUGAGCACGUCAGAUGUUAUGCAACCAACCGAGAACCUGAACCAACAAUUGAGUGAGGUGCCUGAACAAAGUGCCGGGCACUGGGGCCCCUGGGGGCGCCUGAGCUCCCAGAACCUCACCUUUGACUUAGACGACGGCAAAGAAUCAGAAUGUGGAGACAUGAAUGAGGCGGUGGCAAAUGCAUUCGCAGCAGUGGCCAUGGUGGAGAUGGCAGGAACGAAUUCAUCACAACCUUCCCAAGCCAGGAAGAACCAAUCGAUGUCAAGAGAGGUAAAGAGUUGGUCUACAAAUCAGGGACUUCUGAAAGAGUCCUUGGGCUUUGUUACGGCCAAGAAACCCUCUCAAAGUUCGAAAGACAUCUCGCCCAAGCCAGAGACCAAAGAUAUCGCUCCAAAGGAAGAGGCAUCCGAAGCUGCAACGCUUCCACUUCCUGACCGCAUUGAUGUCACCCAACUCAGACCAAAAGCAGGGAGGACGCAACAUCAAUGGAAGGACAACAAUCCUGCAGAAUGGAAAGCGAUGAUUCAGCAAGGAGAACUGGUAUCACCAGCACAGAACUUGCUCUCCCUUCAUCACUUUUCCUCGCGGAAACGAAAGUUGGACAGUGCUCCCGCGUCCGAAAAGAAGCCGCGGAACAGACGUGAUGACACCAAUGAAAAGGUCUACUUGCAGCGGCAGGCCAGGUGGACCCAGGGGCAGCCCCAGUCUUCAAAGGCCAAGAAAGACCCAGCAGAAUUUCCGGUCAAAGAGGAACUGGAGAAAGUGCCCCAAAUGUUGCGGCGGCAUGCAGAGGUUCACAAAGGAGAUGAUGUCGACAUUGGCAAUGGUCUGCGAAGUCCAAAGUGGCUGUGGCAAGCCCUGUAUCCAUACCAACAUCGCUGUGUGCAGUGGCUUUGGGGCUUGCACCAGGAGAAGAUGGGUGGCAUCCUUGCAGAUGAGAUGGGCCUAGGAAAGACAAUACAGAUCAUAGCAUAUCUGGCUGUAUUGCAUCAUUCAAAUGUUCUGCAGGAAUUGAAAAUACAGAAUACCUCGCUCUCCUCUGCCAGCCCUCCAAGAACUGGGGGUGUUCUGAUUGUGUGCCCAGCAACUUUAAUCAAUCAGUGGCGCAAUGAAUUGCACUUGUGGUACCCGCCUCUGCGUGUGUGCGUUAUGCACCAGCUUAUCGAGACAGAAAGAAGAGAGGCGAUCAAACAAGCAUCUUCCAACCAAGGCAUUCUCAUUACAUCGUACGAGACGAUGAGGAUUUCAAUAGAUGCAUUGCUUGAAGCAACCUGGGUGAUUGUGAUUCUGGACGAAGGGCAGAAGAUCCGCAACCCUCAUGCCAGCCUUACAAUCGCCUGCAAGCGCUUUAGCACGACACACCGCAUUCUGCUGUCAGGGUCGCCAAUCCAGAACAAUCUUCGCGAACUGUGGUCACUCUUUGACUUUGUUUGUCCUGGUCGGCUGGGUACACUUCCAGUCUUCACAGAAGAGUUCGCCCAGCCCAUUGAGAACGGCAAUGUCAUGGGAGCUACGGAGCCCAAGGUUGCUGCAGCCUACCAAUGUGCCCUGGCUUUACGCGGGCUAACGGAGCCCUGUAUUCUCAGACGUACCAAGGCCGAAUGUAUGGAUGUGCUACACCUACCAGCCAAACAGGAACAGGUCCUGUUUUGCCAUCUCACACCUGAACAGUACCAAUUGUAUGUGCAGUUCUUGGAGACUGAGCAGGUGAGAAGAGCGAAGACGGUAUCAUCAGACCGCCAAGUUCUUGGGGCAGUUUUUUUCGCUCUCAGUGUCUUGCGGAAGCUCUGCAACCACCCAGAUUUGCUCCUCAAAGCGAACGAGGGAGAAGAAGGUGAGGAUUUGUGGAGCUAUGACAAAUCAGGGAAGAUGAGGGUCUUGUCUGAGAUCCUUAAGGUGUGGCACAAAGAUCGGCACAGAACUCUUAUUUUUGUCCAGACGAUCCAGAUGCUGGAGAUCCUUGAAUUGUGGAUGAGCCGUGUUGGCUACACACAUUUUCGUAUUGAUGGUAAAACACCCGUGAAGCGCAGGUUAAAGCUGAUUGAGGAGUUCAAUGAAAACGAAGACGUGUUCGCCAUGCUUCUCACGACCCGGGUUGGGGGAGUGGGAUUAAACAUCAUUGGGGCUGAUCGAGUUGUGAUUUUCGAUCCAGACUGGAACCCGAUGACAGACGUGCAAGCACGUGAGAGAGCUUGGAGAAUUGGACAAACUCGGGAGGUGUCAGUUUACCGCCUUGUUUUGACUGGCACGGUGGAGGAAAAGAUUUAUCAUCGCCAGGUUUACAAGCAUUUUUUGGCACAGAAAGUGCUCCAGGAUCCAAGGCAGAGGCGUUUCUUCAAGUGGAAUGACAUUUCAGACCUGUUUGAAGUGCCUCCUCCACCUCCAAACUUCACCAAGCAAAACAUGUUGACCUUGCAGAAAAAAUACAAAGCACUUUUCAACAAGGUCGUGCAAACGAAAGACCCAUUUCAGCCAGAUGAAUUUGAGGUCGAAACCACCGAAAUCAUGAAAGCCGUGUCAGACCUGCCCAUGAAGGAGCAGCACAAGACAGGGAGAGGAACUGCAGAUGAAAGCAAUGCAAUCUUGCAGACUUUGUAUGAUGCGCAAGGCAUCAAGGCAAGUUUCAACCAUGACAAGGUUGAGCAAACUCUGCUUGACAGAAAAUUGGUUGGCAAGAGUGCAGGCCUUGUUGCUCAGAAGGCGUUGGACGCGCUGAAAAGGUCGUCACGCGAAAGAGCAGCACACCACAUCAGUGAGCCCACCUGGACCGGACAACAGGGAAGGGCAGGCGCGGUUCAGACUGCAGUGAAGAAAGAAAUGAAAGAAGCAGAAACCAAGACGAAAGGCAAGCUGUCACAGCUGGCUCUAACAUCUGGAAAGGUCUCCGGAGGAGUUUCUUCUUCUGAGAUUUUACAUGGUCUCAGGCAGUUGGCUGCAAUGAGAGGAGCUUCGAGUCAAGGGGCCGAUGAGCCAGCGUCAUCAGAGCUGUUUGAGUCAGAUCGCCGCAUCGCUGAAGAUAUUUUACGUGCAUUUCUGGACAAGAAACUUGCAGGUCCGGAUCAUCGCCUCACAACAGGACAAGUGCUAGAGAAGCUAGCAGUCCAUGUCGCAGCUCAUCACCAUGAUCUUUUCAAGACCCUCCUCAAGCAAAUGUGUAGUCUGACCAAGUCUGCGCAGAAAAACGUUCCUGGAUACUGGACUUUGAAGGAGGAGUUCUGGAAGCAGCCUUAAUAGCUGUUGCGAGUUGGUUUCACACCAGUAGGAUUUCAGGCAGAAUGCUUCGAAAUGAAGGUGGAGUGCGUUCGCGGAUUCCAAAUGUUCAAGAGCAACUUGCAGAGCUAGAUUUUGGCACCUUUAACGCCAGCUUGUAGCGAGUGCACCUUGAUAUGUCCGCCCUUGAGAUGCAAUAG